AUGAUGAAAACCCCCGUCCUAUCGAUUCUCAAGGAUCGAGACAUUCCACACAAACGGGAUGUGAUUUUAUCUGCCUUUGAAGAUCCCCGGAAUGCGGAGUGGGCCUCCACGUAUCUCCGCCCGGAGACGUUGCUCUCCAAGGACGAGCUCGCGCUUUACACCAAGCUGCACAGCUCGGGUGCACUCCAGCCCAUCCUGAAUGACCCAGAUCUUGGCGCGACACGGCCGAUCCUCGAAGACGACCUCCGACACGCGAUCGAGUCCCUCGAAGCUUCGACGGCAACAGUUCAGAAACAAACCGAGACACUGAAGCGGCAAUGUGAGACUCUCAAUAAACAGAUGGUUCGGGAGCAGAAUUUGGGGCAGCAGCGAAGUAAGGAUAUUGCUCGGUUGCGAAAGAAACAUGAAGCCGGCAGACAAAACACAACAAUAGAGGCAGCUGCGCUGUCUGAUGAGCUCGAGGCAGACUUUCGGGCCGCGACGGAUAAGUCAGGGGCAGAAAGUAAGAGCAUCCUCGCUGCUCUAUCUACCAGGUUGAAGCAGGACGACAAGACUCUGGCGAAUCUCGAGGCUCUCAUGUCGGGCAUCAAGGUGCGGGGAAACAAUGCAUCUACGGUGAAGCGCACGAAUCAUCUGAGUACAAUGCUAUCAGGCUACGUCGCAGAGGAGAUCCACUACCGGCUUGACCGUCUGUAUUUGGAGAAUAUUCACGCGGACAUCGCCUGCAACACCCUAGACGAGACAACUAGCACUGCGCUCGAAGAGGAACUCGAGUCUCUGUAUCCGGAAAUUGAACUAUUAGCCGAGAUGUCAACCAGGCAGCAAUUCCAUGAGCCCAUUCUUCGAGAGCUGCGGAACGAGCAUGGGCACCUGCGGGAAGCUUCGCAAGAGAAGUUAGAACAGGCACUCGACAUGUUGAUCGAAAUGACACUAUCAAAACAAGAUCUCGCAAAGCAACUCGAAGUCCGCGAGUCAUCUUCAGAGCUGCUGGAGCAAUUGGCUGCCCUGUAUCAGGCGGAAGCAGGCAUUGAGGCGCCUCAACCGUCAUCACGACGAGAAUCCCUGCGCCGACGCUCUUUACAGACGGGUCUUCUUCUUGCCCCGCGUGCCCCGGCAGCCCCUGUACAGGCCCAACCGGCUUUGGAAACUCUAUUGAGGCGCGUUGGCAUCGCGCCCGAGUCCGUUCGCGGAGAGCGGGCAAUUCAUGACCUCCAUGAGAAGCGCCGUGAUAUGUCCCAGUCAAUUAAUCGCCAAAAUAUAGCGGUGGACACGCCUCUGUUGACUCAUUUGGAUCCUUUGGAUCACGCCUCUCAGCUGCUGGGCACUGCUUUGCACACGGAUUCCCACUAUGAAACAUCAUUGCGAGAUCCAUUGGAGGAGAAAGCACUCUCAUGCCUGGAGGGGGGAUUAGUCAGGCUUCAGAAUGGGGUCCAAAAACUAAAUAUGGAUGUUCUUCAUCAACGUGAUGGCAAACAGGAUAGGUUCCUUGAGCGGUGGGGAUAG